CUGUAGUCCUGUAGGGGCACACCAGUGUAUGACACAAUCCGUACGUGUGUAUUCUGCAUACCUAAGUAGUACAACCAGUGCCCUGCCCACACUGGCCUUUCACCCCUUGUGUCUGCGUCAUUCACUCAGCCACCCACCCACCUACCGCAAGGGCGUGUGUGUGUGUGUAGACAAGUUCGGCAGGCCCUCGUGUGUUUUUAUACCUACCCGUUCCCUCCAACUCUCCCCUCUCUCUAACCCGAUUUCCUCAUUUGGUAGACUCUAAAAAAGCAUUCGAGCGAACCAAGAUGGCUACCCCGGAAGAAGCAGUGCCCUUCAAGGGCCAGGUUUACGCCGAGAUUAAAGACGAGAACCAAGGAGGGCUCUGGGAGGAUCCCGAGUUCCCAGCGGAAGACCAGUCCCUGUACUUCAGCAACCACGAGAAUCUACAGCGCUACAACUUCAAGUGGAUGCGACCAGGGGAGAUAGUUGGGAAUCCGGAGUUCAUUGAUGCAUCAGAGGGAGCAAGCCGCUUCGAUGUCUGCCAGGGAUGUGUGGGUGACUGCUGGAUGCUGGCUGCCACCGCCACCCUGGCCCAGAAGCCCUACUUGUUCAAGAGAGUUUGCUGUGAGGACAACUCCUACAGUGAUGACUACUGCGGCGCCUUCCACUUCCGCUUCUGGCAGUAUGGAGAGUGGGUUGAUGUGGUGAUCGAUGACCGGAUCCCCAUGGUGGUGUUUGACUGGGGAGACCCGCAGUACUUCAGUCUCCACUCCAACGACAAGAACGAGUUCUGGAGCGCCCUGCUGGAGAAGGCUUACGCUAAGCUCCAUGGCUCCUAUGAGUCACUGGAGGGAGGACACACCAGCGACGCUCUGGUUGACUUCACGGGAGGGAUGACUGAGAGGUAUGACACCACCGACCCCUCCAAGCUACCCGGCGACCUCUACAAGAUCCUACAGAAGGCCUUCGAGAGGGGAUCCACCAUGGGGUGCAGUGGGAUCAAGGGAGGUUCCGCGGGUCUGGAGGCUAUCCAGGACAACGGUCUGGUGCAGCAACACGCCUACAGCAUCACGGGAUUUGCAGAGGUUGAGGGAACCCAGCUGGUGCGAAUCCGGAACCCCUGGGGCAAGACUGAAUGGAAGGGUCCGUGGGGAGACCAAUCCGAUGAGUGGAAUGGUGUGGAUGAAGGUACCAAAGAGGAGCUUGGGAUUGUCCAACGAGACGAUGGUGAAUUCUGGAUGAGCUUCGAGGACUUUCUGACGUACUGGAAAAACAUCGAGAUCUGUAACCUGACGCCGGACUCCAUGGGAGACGAUGACGACGACAAGCUGAGGUGGAAUGUCAACAACAUGAACGGGCGAUGGAUCAAGAACGAGAGCGCCGGGGGAUGCGCCAACUUCAGACAAUCGUCGUUCGCCGCUAACCCGCAGUUCAAGGUGAACCUGACGGACGCUGACGACGGAGACGACGACGACAUGGCGUCCUGUCUGGUCUCGCUCCUGCAGAAGGACAGGCGCAAACAGAAGCAUCUUGGGAAGACCAACCUCUUCCUGGGGUUCUACAUGUAUGAGGCUAAAGGACGGAGCAAGCUGAAGCGGCGUGAUGUCAUGACUGAGGCACCGGUGGCCAGCUCUGGCAGCUACAUCAACUACCGCGAACGCUCCGAGCACUUCAAGGUUACUCCAGGUGAAUACAUCGUUCUCCCAACAACCUUCAACCCUAAUGAAGAAGGGGAAUUCAUCUUGAGGGUCUUCACCGAGAAGGAAGCAACAGCCGAUGAAAUCGAUGAAGGUGAUGCAAUCAUCAAGCAAGACAAGCCCAAACCGCCUAAGGAAGAAUGGAGCGACGAGAAGAAAGACAAGUUCCGCGCGUUCUUCGAGAUGGUUGCUGGCCUUUCCGGUGAUGACGAGGAAGUGCCUGCCAUUGAUCCAUUCGAACUGAAGAGUCUCUUUGACUGUAUCUUCAAAGAUCCCAGCCUGACCAUUGAUCUGUGCAAGGAUGUCAUCCAGAUGUUUGAUGCGGAUGGAUCAGGGAAGAUCGAGUAUGAAGAGUUUGACGACAUGUGGGACACUGUGGAACCUUGGCUGUCUGCCUUCAAGAACAGUGACUACGACAAGAGUGGGAAGCUGAGCGUGUACGAGUUGCAAGAAGCACUGGAGGACAUUAUUGGUUUCUACAUCCCCAAGCGCUUGCUGUGUAAGCUCGCUUUCCGCUACGUCGACGAAGACGGCCACAUCAGUGGCGGAAACUUCCUGAGGAUCGCCAUGCGCCUCCACUGGCUGUGGAAUCAACAAUCAGGUGAGGCAGAGGAUGAUGGUGCCGGUGGCUUUGCCCUGAACAUGGGUGGACAGAUUGGAGGACUGCUGGGAAUGUUCAUGUAAUCUCCUUCCCGGGGUAGGCUGAGCACUGCAAAGGAUGCUGGGAAGUAGCAGCUUUUAAAUUCAUGGCAAACUUUAAAUGAUACAAUUUUCUGAUUCACUGUUUGAGAUCCAAUAGACUGUCUAUACAACGUAAUUUUGCGUUUCAACAUUCUUCAAUGGUUCCUUAAAGAACGCGCAAAGAUGCAAACUUAGAAGUAUUGUAAGAGGUAAACUUAAAACUGGCUAGGAAGAUAUGAUAAUGCCUUGAACUAGACUUAAAGGAUUUUAAAAUACAUUCCUAUCUAUAUAUUACACUAUAGAUAUUCCUACUAAAUCUAUCUAUCUGGUAUACUUGGAAGUUGAAAUUCUCAUAUUUGUGAAAUCUGUUGUAAGUUGCUUUUGCAAUGUAUAAGGUCAGCAAUAAUAUCAGUUGUAACUCAUUGUACUAAUAUCAGUACUACAUUGUUAUGGAGAAAUGAUGUUAUAUGAUAUAACUGGAAUAUCACAUAUGCUAGGAGCUUAACAUAAUCUAACCAGGUGACUCAAAAAAAUUAGAAGAAGUUUUACAAAUACCUGAAAGAUAGGAUAUAUUAUAUACAGACACUUUUUUGUUAUGAUCACUUCUUUAUCCUGAAUAGGUUGAUUCUGACUGUCCAUCACAAUUAACAGUUCAACCAAUGACAGCACGGCAUUUAGCAGUUUGACCAAUGAGAGAGAAGAUGUAUGUCAGAUGAUUGCAGCUAUAAGUUUUCAUUUUGCUUUUCUACAUUUUGACUGGUGGGUGGGCUAUUGUAUGGGUCUAAUAUUGCUUAGUAAGACGUAGAUACUUUUAUCACUGAAUGUAUUUCUAGUUUAUUAACAGCAAAAAGUUGCACUUUAAGACUUUACCAAAGCAUUAAAUGUACUGAAAAAUACUGUGUUUAAGGUUUAAAGAUACACACUGGAAAUAUUGUUAAUGGACGAUGCUGAAAAAGAUAUAGGUCAUGGGUGAAAAAGUCACAUGGAGGGGAAUUUGUACUCUUAGAAAUAAAAUAGGCAAUAUAGAGUAUAUGUAUUGGUUGCACUGCAUAUGCACAGAGAGCACUUCUAUAAUAUUUUGGUGCACAUUCCAAUUAACGUUAUAGCAGACAAAUAAAAGAGAAACACUUUUGUAUUUGUUUUCUUUUUAUCAAGGCCAAGGGUAAGACGACACUACCUUGCCAGAGUAGAUCUAACUCAUAAGUUCACCAUACAGAUUAUUAUACAUAAUACAGUCAUGUACUAUUAUACGCUUGGUGUUAACUGUAAACUCUAAGCUCUUCGGUGUGCUGAGGCUCAAUGUAACAACAGCGCCAUCUGUUGACUGAUUUGUAUUAUUACAGCAUCGACUGAGGACAAGAAUUUAGUAGUAUACAAUGCAGUGUACAGUGGCAUACACACUACAUAGUACUAUACUACUGUUAUUAAGCACAUGGUAUUGACAAUUCACAUGUAGUUCUUAUAUUGUUUGUGGUGUUAUUAUUCUAUUGUUGCUCGUAUUUCGUAUGUAGUUUGAAGAUAUUCAGUACAAGAAAUAAAGACAAUUGUGGGAUUUAUACAA